AUGUUUAAUAACAAUCAAACUGAGCCAUCCGAGAAUAUUGAUAUUCCUUUGGGAAGAACUAAUAGUAAUUUACUGUACCAGGACGAUUUUCUGCAUUAUGUUUUAGAUUCGGGAUUGUUCAAUAUGCGAGAGACUGCAGAUAUUGAUGAACUCAUGAACGACUCCCGAUUUAUGGCGUAUCUUGGCUGUGCUUCUUCUAGUUUACCAGAACAAAAUACUAUGGUACCCCUCGAAAUAACGACCACGACAUCUGCCACUAUUCCUCUAAAGAAGAAGCGACAGGGCAUGAAAAAAGCGAGCACGCUUCAACAAACUAAAAUUGGUAAAUGUGAACAUCCGAAACAUGUGAUGUAUCGACAGGAAAAAUACACGCUGAUGCCAGCUACAGCUACAGCUGAUGAAACAUCAGCCAUGAAGACUGUGCCGCGCAGAGGAAGACCACCCAAAGGAUCCAAACCUAGCGAAGUGGAUGAAACGCUAGCUUUACCUGUCCAUUAUCCGAUUGUUGAAUUAACUGUACGACCUUUACCAAAACGGUUAGAAAGGGUGGUUGGAAAAAGCAAUAUUAAAGUAUGUUUGACAUGCUUAAAGCGAUCAGAUACAGAUGAAGAAUACAUUAAUUGUAAUUUAUAUAUUCCACCACAACAAAUUCAUAAAAAAAAGUUAUAA